UUUUUUUUCACUUGUUUCCUCAUCUGCCUAGGUUGGUUCAAGAUCCUUCUUAGAUGGGUUUCCUGUCCUUGACUUUGGGACUUUGACUCCCAAAUGGGCUAUUUGGAUUGCUUUCCCUUAUUUAUUGCUUGCCAGCCACAAAUGGACUGUGAUUACAGAGCAGCAGACCCUCAGCUUGAGAGUGGCUGACUUUGUUUUUAAAAAAAAAAAAAAAAAAUCAGUCUCCAUUGGCUCGAGGCUGACUUCCUUGGAGAAAAAUCACAGCAGUGUUGAAGAGGCCUGAUUUCCUCUGCUAAAACUGUUCUCUGAGGUACUAAAAACAGUCACCAGGGCCAGAUUUCUUUUGGAUAAAUACAAAAUGGUAAAUGUAUAUGGUUUUUUGUUAGAAAGGACAAUGAUGUUUUCUCUCAGGUUGCAGUACAGUUUUAUUUUUUAAGAGAAUAUAUGUACUUGGAUAUUGGGCAGUAAGCUCUUUGGGCUGGAAUCCAGGGAAGAGCUUUACCUUCUCAAUUGCUGGGCUCUGCUGUCCCCUACUCCCCCACCCCCCACCCCCUGGCCAGGCUAGGGCCUGGCACAUGGUAGGCACCACAUACUUGUUGAGCUCAGGAAUCAUGGGAUGGUAGGAGCAACACAGGUUUUUCAAGUCAUAAGGUCAGGUUUGGAAUUUGGGGUCCGUCUUUUCCUAAACUUGAGCCAUCUAUAUAUAUAUAUAGCAGAUCACGUCAGGGAGCCUCGGUUUCCUCUCGCUCCUGCUGGUCUCCCAGAAUUCUGCAGAGAGCUGAGUGACAAACUGGAGCAUCAUGGAGACUUACAUGCUCUGAAUCAUUUCUUUUCACAUGUUUUCUCAAACACCUACUAUGUGCCAGGCACUGUGUUCGGCAUCCUGGUGAACAGAACAGACACAGACCUUACCUUUGUGGAGUUUACUGUGUGUUGCGGGGAGACACACUGAAGAAGCUGGUAAAUGAGUACAGUUGAUAUUUUCAAAUGGUGUUUACCCCAGCGUAAAGGGAUAACGGGCCACGGCAGGUGGGAUUUCCUGGGGUCAGGAAAUUUUGAGGUCAAGGAGGGCCUCAGAGGGAUGAUGUGUAAGCUGCGGCCUGUGUGAUGAGAGCGAGCGAGCAACAGGACUCAAAGGAAGAGCACACAGAAGGAACGUGUGCAAAGAUUUCAGAUGGAAAUAAGCUUGAGGUGCUUAAGGAGCAGACAGAAGGGUUCAUGUGGGCGGGCCUUGGAGGAAGGGAAAGACUGCUCUGAGGAGCACCGAGAGCCUUUGGCCUUGGUCAGGAGGUAGAAUUUGGUCCCAAGUGGAUUUGUGUGCUCCUCAGGUCUGUUCCUUCUGUUUGCUGCGGAAGGCUGAGGCUUCCUCGGCAGGGCAGCGGGUGGGAGGAGGUAGCCUCUCUUUGUCCCGAAUUCUUACCACUCGCCCCAUGAUUAAGGCCCCUGAGCAUCUCUCCAAAACUAGAGAAGCAGAGGAGUGGUUCCUUUAGACGUGGGUGAUUUGACUGCCCUCCGUGGGUGAUUUGACUGCCCUCCCGAGAGUUGCCAGACUUGUUGACCUUUAGGACUUCCUGAGGGAAUUCACAUGUAGCUAAGAGAGUCCACAGGUCUGUCCCAUCCCACAGCAGCUUCUUGGCCUCUCACCAUCCCCCACAGCCAGCAGGCUCCCUCCUCACUCAUAGCAGGUAUUUAUGCAGCAGAUACCCUUCCCCCGCACUGUGCUUAGGUCACCUUCCUGAGUCAUUGGGUCACAGUCCCUGCACCCAUGGAGCUGUGGUCAGCACAGAGCACUCUGCUGGUCCAGGCAGGUGACAUGCCAGUGCUUUUAGUGAUGUCCCUGCCUGUAACCCAGAAGCCAUGGAGGAGAUAAGGUAGCCCCGGUCCCUGGAUCUGAUCGGAUGGGGAAGCCCAGUUCAAUGGAUACAAAAUAUAAGGAUGACUUAUUUCGGAAGUACGUGCAGUUCCAUGAGGGCAAAGUGGACACCACCCCCAGCAAGCAGCGGCCUGGCAGUGAUGAGUACCUGCGGGUGGCAGCCUCGACCCUGCUCAGCCUGCACAAGGUGGAUCCCUUUUAUCGAUUCCGGCUGAUCCAGUUCUAUGAGGUGGUGGAGAGCUCCUUGCGCUCGCUGAGCUCCUCCAGCCUGCGGGCUCUGCACUGCGCCUUCAGCGUGCUUGAGACGGUGGGCAUCAACCUCUUCCUCUACCCGUGGAAGAAGGAGUUCAGAAGCAUCAAGACCUACACGGGCCCCUUUGUUUAUUAUGUCAAGUCCACGUUACUGGAAGAGGACAUCCGAGCCAUCCUGAACUACAUGGGCUAUGUGCCCGAGUUAGGGACGGCGUACAAGCUCAAAGAGCUGGUGGAGACCCUCCAGGUCAAGAUGGUCACCUUUGAACUCUUUCUGGCCAAGGUGGAGUGUGAGCAGAUGCUGGAAAUCCACUCCCAAGUGAAGGACAAGGGCUACUCUGAGCUGGACGUGGUGAGCGAGCGCAAGAGCAGCACGGAGGACGUGCGUGGCUGCUCGGACGCCCUGCGGCGGCGGGCGGAAGGCCGGGAGCACUUGACCGCCUCCAUGGCCCGCGUGGUGCUCCAGAAGUCGGCCAGCGAGCGGGCAGCCAAGGACUACUACAAGCCCCGCGUCACCAAGCCCUCCAGGUCGGUCGACGCCUACGACAGCUACUGGGAGAGCCGCAAGCCGCCCCUGAAGGCCUCGCUGAGCCUGCGGAAGGAGCCCGCGGCCGCAGACGUGGGGGACGACCUCAAGGACGAGAUCAUGCGGCCGUCGCCCUCGCUCCUGACCAUGUCCACCUCCCCCCACGGCAGCCCAGACGACCUGGCGGCCCCCUCCCCCAACAAUGGCCUCGGCUCGCUGCGCGGCACGUACUUAUCCACUCAGGAUGAUGUGGAUCUCUACACAGACUCGGAGCCGAGGGCCGCUUACCGGAGGCAGGACGCCCUGCGGCCGGAUGUCUGGGUGGUCAGGAACGACGCCCACCCCGUCUACCACAAGCGCUCGCCCCCUGCCAAAGAGUCCUCCCUCUCCAAGUGCCAAAACUGCGGUCUGUCCUGCAGCUCCUCCCUCUGCCAGCGCUGCGACAGCCUGCUUGCCUGCUCCCCGGCCUCCAAGCCCAGCGCCUUCCCCAGCAAGGCCUCUGCCCACGACAGCCUGGCCCACGGGUCGUCUCUGCGGGAGAAGUACGCAGGCCAGACUCAGGGCCUCGACCGGCCCCCGCACCUCCACUCGAAAUCGAAGCCCUCCGCCUCGGCCACCUCCCGCUGUGGCUUCUGUAACCGCCCCGGGGCCACCAACACCUGCACCCAGUGUUCAAAAGUCUCCUGCGACACCUGCCUCAGCGCCUACCAUUACGACCCCUGCUGCAAAAAGAGUGAGCUGCACAAGUUCAUGCCCAACAACCAGCUGAACUACAAGUCCACGCAGUUCUCCCAUCUCGUGUACAGAUAGACUUGACCUUGCAUCUCCCUGUCACAAGGGCUACACCACUGACUUCGGUUUCAUAGGAAAGAAAUGCCGAUGCAUGGAUCUGGGAAGCAGAGAUCUACACCUGACCAUCUGGUUGUCGGGGGUCCUGGGACCAGCCGCACCAUGUGGGAGAUCCCUUAGUGACUCAGAUAUUUCAACUGAUAGCUGCUUUGUCGCCUGGCAAGGGAGAGGGUGGCACUUCCGUUCAGAUUCAUUUUUGCUAGUCUCUCCACUCCCUAUUCUGUUUUGUUGUUAUUGUUGUUGUUGUUUGUUUUUUAAAGAGGAUUUCUAUCUCUGGGACGCUUGCCACGCCUAUGGCAAAGCCAACUUGGACUGGGAAGGGCCCUCCAGGUCCCCUCCAAAUGCCCACCUGGAGCGGCGAGCUAGAGGCCUGUUGGCUUGUGAAAUGAGCCCUCCUGCCACACUGGGCCUCGUCCACUGGCUCAUCCCUCCACCACCCCUUCCCAAACACGAGGAUCCCCACCUGCACCCCUUGCUGGAUUUCCCUGCCUCUCUAGGUGUCAAAGGUGACCUGAGUCCAGGAUUUGCUGAAUGGCAUCCAGUUGCCUCCACAGCUCAGCUCAGUUGUGGGGUCUGGGAACUUUCCUCCAGCGCUCUGAGGUGUGGCCCUCCACAGCAGGACUACUUUGCCCCUUUUCUGUUGUUUGCACAUGCCCUUCUUACUGUACUGUAAAUAGAUAUUUUUGAAAUUUAUUUUUAAAUAAAUAUUCAACUUGC